AUGCGGCGGCUCUUCAAACGGCCGAAGGAGCCAAAACCGGCGAGCGGCGCCGCAAGCGACCGGGACCCGCGAGCACCGUCGCCGGCGGCGCCGUCGUCUUCCGGCACUAGCAAGACCUUCCCCGCCGGCAUCAAGCUGCUCCACAGCCCCGCAAACCUUGCCGACGCCGUCGUCGACAUCGUCUUCAUCCAUGGCCUGACGGGCGACCGCGACAAAACGUGGACGGCCGCUGGCGCAUCCGAGCCCUGGCCCAAGGCCCUCCUCCCGUCCAGGCUCCCUACCGCGCGUGUCCUCACCUUCGGAUACGAUGCGUAUGUGGCCGACUGGCGGGGUGUGGUUUCACAGGGCCGCAUCGCGAACCACGCAUGGAGUCUUCUAACGACUCUCGCGGCAUAUCGACAAGAGGACGACACGAAUGAACGGCCAAUCAUAUUUGUCUGCCACAGCCUCGGGGGCCUAGUCUGUGAGGAUGCCCUGUCCAAGUCAAGAGAGCGGACGGAGGGCCACCUCCGAAACAUCCUGCAUUCGACACGCGGCAUCGCGUUCCUCGGGACGCCACACCAUGGAUCGGGGUUGGCACGAUGGGCUGAGCUCCUGUCGCGGUCCGUGGGGAUCAUCAAACAGACUAACCCCGAAAUCGUGGCGGUCCUGAGGCGCGAUUCGGAGGUCCUCGCCCGGAUCCAGGAUGGAUUCCAUACGAUGCUUCAGUCACGCGCAAAGGAAGGCUGGCCGAUCGAGAUCAGCUGCUUCUUUGAGGAGCUGCCUCUGCCGGGCGUCGGCCAGGUUGUGCCGCAGGAUUCGGCCAUUCUGCCCGGGUACAUUCCGAUCGCGAUCCACGGCAACCACAUGGACAUGACCAAGUUCGCCAGCACGGACGACCCGGGGUUUGUGGUGGUUUGUGGAGAGCUCCGCCGAUGGACCAAGGCGGUCGUGGUCGCGAUGACUCCACAGACCCUGCCGGAUCCCCAGCUCGAAGAGCGGUCGCAGGGCGCAGGGGAACAAGAACCACCACAAACCAAGGCCGGCAAUACAUUUCGCAUCCGCGGGGUGCCACGAGACUGGGACGUCAAGAAACUUCAGUCCUUUCUGCAGGAGGAAGAGUUCCAGUCUCGGGACGGCUCGGCCUCCGGCCCAACUGUCUGGUCCUUGGCAGACGAGGUUGGUGGCAGUUCGAGAGUGGGCACGGCAACCUUCCAGCGCGUCCCACCUGCGAUACAGACAGGCGGGAAAUGGACAGUCCCCCUCUCGCUUUCUUCGGGGGCCGCCCAGCCGUCACGGUCAGGCCGGCGGCAGCCAAGUCUGAGUCUUGACGAUCACUUCCACGGUAUCACCACGCUAUUCUCUCCUCCAUCUGAGGAUCAUAAGCUCGACAUCCUCGCCAUCUCUGGGCUCGGCGGCCACGCCUUCGGAUCGUUCAAGCAGAAAGGCGGAGAGCACAUGUGGCUGCGCGAUGCUCUGCCUUACGACCUCACCACCCUCGAAGGCAACGGCCGUCCAAUUGCACGGGUCAUGACUUACGGCUACAGCUCCAGCAUCCCCCAGAGCAACAGCAUGCAGAACCUGGAAGACCUCGCGGCGUCUUUCCACUCGAGCCUCUUAGCUCUAGCGACGGGCACACACAUCAAGCCGAUCCUCAUCAUUGCGCAUAGCCUAGGCGGCCUGAUUAUCAAGCAGGCUCUCAUAUCGCUGUCAAAGUCGGACAGCAGAGACGACGAGCUCCUGCUCGGGGCGGUCUACGGCGUCGUCUUUUUUGGCGUGCCACACGAUGGCAUGGACAUCAGCUCGCUUAUCCCGAUGGUGGGCGACCAGCCCAACCGGUUCCUUGUCGAGUCCAUCGGACACAUCAACUCGCAUAUACUUAGCACACAGCGGCGAGAGUUCCACGCGGUGCUCGGCGGGGAGGGCGACUCGGAAGUGUUCUGCUUCUACGAGACCCUCCAGUCUCCCACCGCGCAGAAGGACAAAAAUGGUCGCUGGGCGAUGACGGGACCCCCGGCAUUCCUGGUCACCAAGACCUCAGCCACCCACUGCCGCCCAUGGGAGGAUGGACCGGUACACAUGUGCCCGAUCUCUCGCUCCCACUCGGAGAUGGUCAAGUUUGCCGAGCACGACGAGGAAUACGACAAGGUGGUCCAGAGACUGGCCGGGCUCGCGAGGCGCGCUGUGGAGAGAGGCUUGCGGAGCAUCAGCAAGACUGAUCUGCCAUCGGCGGGUGGGACAGCGACACAGAACAGGAAUGGUGGCUCGAGCACGUUCUUUCUUGUACCGUACACCUGGAAUCCCGACUUUGUUGGACGUUCCGACGUCCUCGAAAAGCUGAAAAGUCAGCUCGGCCAUGGACAACCUCAGAGCAGUGGCAAGCAACACCGGCGAGUCGCUCUCUACGGCCUAGGAGGCAUUGGCAUACGUGUACUGGCUGAAUGCCAGAUCCCUGGUUACGACGAUCCUAAGACGGAUAUGCUGCCGCUGCUGAAGCGGUGGCUGGAGAGGAAGGAGCGCGGCCGAUGGCUGAUGGUGAUCGAUAAUGCCGACGAUGCACAGCUCUUCAGCGGGCCAGAAGGGGUUGGACGGCACAUACCCGAAUGCGCCCACGGGUCCGUUGUUGUGACGACGAGGAACAAGGAGGCUGGCUCGAGGCUCACGAAGGGUGGACGACCAAUUGAGGUCCGGGAAAUGGACGAGAGCGAAUCCAAGGAGCUGCUCAAGAAGAAGCUCGAGGAGGGCGGAAUUAAGGCCGACGACUUGUCGGCCCUUUCGUCUCGACUGGAGCGUCUACCGCUUGCAUUAGUCCAGGCUGCCGCCUUUAUGCAGGAAAAGUCGGUAUCCAUUAGUAAGUACCUCCAGCUACUGGGCGGGGGCGACCAGGGACUCGUGGAACUGCUUAGCGAGGAAUUCGAGACGGUCGGGCGAGACUCGAAGACUCCUCAUGCAGUGACGGAGACGUGGAUUCUGUCGUUUGAUCAGAUCCAGCAGCAGAACGCCUUCGCAGCCGAGCUUCUCUCGCUUAUGAGCCUCUUCGACCGGCAGGCCAUUCCAUCCGACUUUUUGUCCGACUACAGCAAGCAACAGUCGGGCAAAGGGCCAAGGGGGGAAGUACAACUCAGCAAGGCUUUAGGGGUUUUGAAGGCGUUUUCCUUCGUCGUGGAGGAGAAAGACUAUAGCUUGGACAUGCACCGACUCGUACAGUUGGUGACCAGAAAGUGGCUUGUCAAGAAUGAUACGAUUAGGUACUUCGGCGGUCAGGCGCUCAUGACGGUGUCGCAUAUUUACCCGUUUGGUAGCCAUGACAACCGUUUGAUAUGCACGGCGUACCUUCCGCACGUAGAUGCGGUACUGAAGCAGGGCGGGACUGGGUCGAGGGAGGAGAAGCUGGCGAGGGCGUCUCUCCUCCAUCGUGCGGCGGGGCUUUUCUACUACCAAGGCCAAUGGGGAGAUAUGGAAGAGUUCCAAGCGCAGGCCGUAGACCUACGCAGAGCGUUACUGGGAUCGGAGCAUCCUUCGACGCUGGCCAGCAUGGCCAACCUGGCAUCGACGUACCGAAACCAGGGCCGGUGGGAGGAGGCCGAGAAGCUAGAGGGCCGGUGCGAGGAGGCCGAGAAGCUGUUCAUGGAGGUAAUAGAGACGAGCAAGACGAAGCUCGGGGCCGAUCAUCCCGCGACACUUACUAGAAUAGCCAACCUAGCGUCGACGUACCAGGACCAGGGCCGGUACAAGGAGGCCGAGAAGCUGUUCAUGGAGGUAAUGGAGACGAUGGGCCGUCGAGCGGUGCGCCUUGGCGUCGUUGCUACGUCAUUUGCGGGUGUCCCUCAACACCAGCCUCACGCGAUCAUUACGUUGGCAACGGUCACCUUCUUCACCACCGUCAAUGUCGACUGCGAACCGGGCGGAGAGAGUGCUCCGCGGAUCCGCCAUGAGGGCAUCGGCACGGGAUGCAGUGGAUGCGGUCCGGCGACGUGCAGCAGCGCCGUUUCCGCCCUACAAGAUGACCUGCAGCCGCUGGCCGCGGUCUGCACCGACAAUAACGACGACGACGAAGACAACAACCAGGACGACGACACGCUACCCUCGACUGCGAUCCCGUCGACAUCGCUGCCCUCGCUGCCCUCCUUGCCCCCGCUCCUCACAGCGCCAUCGUCGCCACCCCUUCUCUUCCCCCCGCCGCGAGUGACCCCCAAAGACGGGCGCCGCCGCCUCAGCGGCCUGCACAGGCGGUCCGAUGCGGCCGGGCGCGCGGCGGCCCAGGAAGCCGAGGACCUGCUGGAGCUCGCGCAGGGCCUGUCGCGGACGCCGAUGAACGGGCACGCGGAGCUGCGGUGCACCAUGUAUCACCAGUCGGACCAGCCGGAGGAGGCGACGGCGGCGGUGCCGAUGAGCAAGCACGACAUCUCGCGCGAGUUUGACCUGUCGCCGCGGGACCUGCGGGUGGUGGACCUGGCGUCGGACGGGUCGCCGCACCUGCUGAUCCGCCGUAGCACCAUCCUCGUGCACAUGUUCUGCCUGCGGCUGCUGGUCCAGGCGAACCGCGUGGCGGUGCUGCACGUCGACCAGGAGCAGCAGGAGCAGCAGCAGGACGGAGGAGGCAGUCCUCGCAGCAGUAGUGCCAGCGCGAGCACUCGCCACUACCACCACCACCACGGGCGCAGCGCCAGCAGCAGCACCCAGGACAUCAUCGGCCAGCUGGCGCCUGUCAAGAGUGGCGACACGGCGGCGGCGGCGGCGGCGGCGGCGCCCGAGCGGAUCCAUGAGCCGGCCAUGACGGUCGCGGGUAUUCUCUUCGAGACCAAGAUGCGGGCCACGGGGGGCAAGCUCAACCAUCACAACAACAACAACAAUAACAAUAACAAUGGCAACAGUAACAACAGCAACGACGACAAGGACAGCAGCAGCAACAGCAGCGGUAGCUGCCCGGGGGCGUCGACGGUGAGCGGGAUCGAGCCGGCGGCGCUGCCGUACGAGCUGCGGGUUGUGGAGGCGGCGAUGGCGGCGGUGACGUGCGCGAUCGAGGCCGAGUACCUGCUGGCGCGGCAGCGGGCGGGUUCCGUGCUGUCGGAGCUCGACUCGCAGCUGCUGGACAAGGACGAGGUGCUGAUCCACACCGAGGUGCGGGAGCUGCUGGACCUGGUGCGCAAGCUGGCGGGCAUCGAGCAGCGGGCGCGGUCGGUGUGCAGUGCGCUGCGAGAGGUCAUGGACGACGACCGCGACAUGGCCGACAUGUACCUGACGGACAAGCAGAACGGGAGGCGGCACGAGGCGGGCGACCACCAGGAGGUCGAGUACAUGCUCGAGGCCUACUUCAAGGCGUGUGACGGCGUGGCGCAGGGCGCGGCGGGCGUCAUGGCCAACAUCAAGCGCACCGACGAGACGAUCCAGAACAUCCUGAAUGUGCGGCGCAACCAGAUCAUGGUGCUCGACACCAAGAUCGAGAUCGCCAUGGUUGGCCUCGCCUCGGCGACGCUGCUGGCGGGCUAUGUGGGCAUGAACGUCGUCAAUUUCAUGGAGGACAGCAACUACGCCUUUGCGCUGCUCGUCGGGGGCAGCCUGGCCGCCUCGAGCUGGCUGUCGUGGCGCUUCCUGCGCAGGCUCAAGAUGAUCCAGAAGGGGCGGCACCGGUCGGCGUAG